UGUGGCUUUUCCUCUGUCCCCACAGAGUUGAUCCUGGAGGCCCGUUAUGGGAACCAGCAAAAGCAACGUCGGAGCCGCACAGCCUUCACUGUGUCCCAGCUACAGGCUCUAGAGAAAGCCUUCCAACAGACCCAGUACCCUGAUGUAAGCAUGAGAGAAAGACUGGCUGUCUGCAUCAACUUACCUGAAGCUCGCAUUCAGGUGUGGUUCAAGAACAGAAGAGCAAAGCUUCGUAAGGGACAGCGAUGCUCCCCUCUUCGCAGAGCGCAAAGCCUGGAGGAACCACAUCAGACCAAGGCAGGAGGGGAAGAGAGCAUUACUAAGGACUCCAAAACACAAAGCAAAUUCGCUCCUCUCUGGGAAGUCAGUGAUGCUCCCACCAUUUCUUGUCCUGGAGACGCCAUUGCAACUCAGGUCCACACAAGAUUACAUUAUCCUCCCGUUUUUCCCUUUGUGUAUGGAGAGCGGAACCACCUUCCACAUCAUCAUGCUUUAGGGAUGCUGUCAGCUGGCCUACAUUUCACCCCCAAAUUCUGGCCCAUUCUACAGCAACACAGCCCGGCCUUAGGAGUUGCCCCACCGGUUGGUAAAAACUGCAGCCUUUCCCUUCAGACUUUCUUUCCCAGUAAAACUGUACCCCACCCCAAUUUGGGUCUAUAACUUCUCUGCAGUGUGUAAUGGCAAAAAGGGACUGGUACACUGGUGCACUAGUAUCAAUACGGACACAUAAACUACUGAUAGUUUACUUUGACACUGUACAUACUGUAUGUAUGUGUGAAGGACCUCUGACAAGUGAUUAUGUCUGUAGAUGAUUAGAUUGAUUAAGAAACACUCAAGGUAUGUUGUGAGCAUUCAGGAUCCCAAUCAGGAGUGGAUUGGUACAUACUUCAUUUGCAUAGAGAUGUUACAGUCAGUUUUUACUCACUUAUGACAAGCACUUAGGAGAAUAGAGAAUUGAGAUGUGAUUUCGGGCACUUUUUUCACAUCAUAUAUUCAUUUGUUCAAGACAAUUUUCUGUAAUGUGUCAAGGUAUGAUUUAAAAUAUAUAUUUAACUAGGCAAGUCAGUUAAGAACAAAGUCUUAUUUACAAUGACAGCCUACCGUGGGAACAGUUUGUUACUGCCUUGUUCAGGGGCAGAACAACAGAUUUUUACCUUGUCAGCUCUGGGAUUCGAUCCAGCAACUUUUCAGUUACUGGCUCAAUGCUCUAACCACUAGGCUACCUGCCACCCCAGUGAAACUUUAGGCCUAUCCUACA